AUGACGCCUGUGUGCCUGAAUUUUAAAGAAGGGGACACAGCAGUCCCACCUCUGGAGGUGGGACUUCCGGACGGUUUAAGCUUCUCGGUCAUGACGACAGUGUCAACAUGUAAGAUGGCGGGUCAUCACCGACAGACUACAGCGGGGCGGAGGAAAGUGCAGGUUUCUUAUGUAAUUAGAGAUGAGGUGGAGAAAUACAAUCGCAAUGGGGUAAAUGCACUACAGCUGGAUCCAGCAUUGAACAGACUUUUUACUGCAGGUCGAGAUUCGAUCAUCAGAAUAUGGAGUGUAAACCAACACAAGCAAGACCCCUAUAUAGCAUCAAUGGAACAUCAUACAGAUUGGGUGAAUGAUACUGUACUUUGUUGCAAUGGCAAAACUUUGAUAUCUGCCUCAUCUGAUACUACUGUUAAAGUAUGGAACGCACACAAGGGGUUUUGCAUGUCAACCCUACGAACCCAUAAGGAUUAUGUGAAAGCUUUGGCUUAUGCAAAAGACAAAGAANAAGCAACUUAG